AUGGCCCCCGCGGUCGCCCAACUUUCGACUUCCAGCGAGGACAACGUCCGCGCCCGCAAGUGCUCGGGCGUCGUGCGGGCCCUCCUGAGCGGCUGCGGGGGGCGGACGGCUGCGGCCCAGCCCGCUGGGCAGCCGCAGCGGGCGAUGGGGGGCAGGUCCAGGCCGCCCCCUCUGGACACCCUGGCGAGCUCUCCGAGGAGGGCCGUCGGCGCCCCGGGGCGCGGCGACGCGAAGGCCAGCGACGCCGCGGUGCGGCCCGACACGCCGAGCACGGUGUGCAGCCCUGUGGGCGGGCGGCGCUCGUCUUCACACAGCCUGAGCAGCAGCGAGACGAGAUGGAUCGGGCUCGGCCACCCUCGGGCCAAGUCCCUCCUCGAGAGGCUCGGGGGUCGCGACUGGGACGAGGAGGAGGACGACGACGAGUGA